GUUUGCUUAUGAGCACAGAAUAAGUUAAAAAACUAAAGGAUUGCAAGAGGAAUAUAACUAGUAUUAUUUUCGAGAUUUCUAGACGGAAAAUGCGGAAAACUCCCAUGGUGCUGUAGUUGGCAGAUCCGCGAGCAAGCGUGGAAAAAAUGAAUGUUUUCAUGAAUGUACGUACUUAUUUAUUUUGUAGAGCACUAAUAAUUACACUAGCACACUGCCUCCGGGGAGCUUCGUGCUGAAAGGGGAGUUGAUGGGUGGCGGGCAGCCUUGUCCUUGUCAAAUGUUUCGUUAUCUGCCACCGUUGUUGUUGUUCACACACCAGCAAACACACACACACACACACACACAAGAACGCCCAUCGCCACCCACUCCGCCCCUUUGAUAGCGCCAACAUCAACUAAAACUGUAAGCGACUUCAAACGGCGCUUUGUCAGUGACCUUCGCGUGCUGGGGCGAUGGCAUAUGUUUCUCUUGCCACCCACCCACUUGGGUGGCCAUAUGGGGGAGGUAAUGGGUUGGAGCCAUGGAGCGUUGGGAAACUUGAUUUGACAUAUGAUGUGCCCGUUUCGUUGGCGACUCCUUACCCAAUCUGGCCCAAAUACAUUUAUCAAUAUCGCUUCUGGUCGAUUGAAAUAGCAACCGGAGGCGGCAAGUCUUCACCUCCGUUUGGCAGCGAAAGCGAAAGAAAUCCGCCCAUUGCCCACUAACCCCACCCAAUCGGUCAUUAGCAUUUUCGGCGUGUAUUUAUGGGCAGAAAAUGUUGCGCCAUAAACAUGACAACAAAACAAAAUGCGACAAAUUUGCGACGAUUGGCCAUGUGGCACAGUGAGUUCCUAUCCUAUUCCCCAGGGCCAAAUAAUUGUCAUCCAGAAUAAAAUAUGUAUGCACGAAUAUUGUUUGGCUUACGCUCAAUUGGAGGCCAUAGGCAUUGGCGAAAAAAACCCAGAGCCAAGCCAGCCCAAAUUGCAAUGCAGAAACAAUUGCAUACUUGACGGGGCAAAGUUUAUUUUUAUGCGAGCGACACUCGGUGGGGUAUUGAGAAGUGGUUACAGUGAGGACUUCAUAUCGUGAACGGAAAAGUUAACUGCCAUAUUUGGUAGGAAAUGGUGAUGAUUUCCUUAACUUCACUUUGCGAUAUGUAUGGCAAAUAUCGGGCUUAAAUGCUAUAGUUUGCCUGGAUGUGUGUAAGUCCUAAGGGGCAUUCCCUGUACACACACUCAUCCGCAUAUCCACACGCACGAGUAGUGGAUACAAAUCAACUCUGUUUUGGCGCCAUGCGGCGUAGUUGCUCUGCACUUUGGCAGACCGACAAACGCGACCGCGGCCGCGACUCUCGGCCAGAAGCACGGCUGAGGCUAAGGCCAGGCCAGAGCAGAGGAGCAGAGCAGAGCUGCCGGAGAGCCCAGUUCGGCCAAAAGGCAAAGGCAAAGGCAGCCAGCCGGGCCAACUAGUUUUUCUUUGGUUCCUCCUUUGGCUUUCAUUGUACACGGUUUUGUUGUUUAGUGUGCCAUUGGCGCUAACAACGUGCGGUUCGGUCUUGCGGUUUUCUCGCCGCCCGCUGAAGUCGAGCCAGAGCCAGAGCCAGAACCAGUGCCAGAUCGACACGAGGCUCCAGACCCAUGUCCUUUCUAUCGCCCACGCUGCGCCUGGAGAAUCUGUCCACGCAGCCCACGAUGACGCAGGAUCAUGUGCCCGAGGACCAGCGCUAUAACAAACAAAAUAUCGUCGCCCAAUGGUGUGUGCCCAUCAAUGGCAAGAUGUACCGCAUCGAGCUGGAACAUGGCACAACCAGUGGGCGCCGCAUGAUUUGGGUCAAUGGACGGGAAGUCUUGCGUCGCGACUGGAUGUUCAAACUGGUUGGCGAGGACACCUUUCACAUCGAUCAGACGCGCUGCAUCAUACGCGUUGAUCCUGCGCCGGGUUUCAAGUACGAGUACUCCCUCUACAUCGACGGCAAGUCGCACGACCAGUACACCGAGGACAUGACACGGCAGUAUCGACUGUGGCUAUAUACAGAUGAUGCGGCCGCAGAGGCGCCGCAGGAAUAUAGAAUAAUGCUGAAGCUGGACACGCUGAGUCUCUAUGUGAACGAUGAGCUGCGCACCGAGGAGUCGGUUUUUGUUCACGGCGGCACAGACACCAAGUUCCUGCUGCAGGACACGGAAUUCGUGCUUCAGGCACGCUCAAGUGGCAAUAAACAUGAUGGCAUCGUUCACACUCUGCUGGCGAAUGGGGUGCCAGUUCCGGAGGCGAAGAUUCAGGAGAUUAUGCAAGAGCCGGUCUCCAUUUUGCAGAGCAGCAACUGAGGGCUCCACACGAUAGGAUAACGUUUUGCAUUUGUUGAAUUUGUGC